AUCAUUACUCAACACAGAGAAAAGCAAGAUGUCCGGGUUCCUGCGAGGACUUUCUCUCGUCCGCUCCGCUGCUGUUUCGCGCGGAUCAACCAUAAUUCAGCGAGCCAACGUUGCAACUAGGCCUGCUAAAGAAGUCAUUGGUCCUCUUGAGACAUCGGUUGGGUUGGUGAUGUUCUCCUUCGCGAUUCUGGGACCGGCAGGCUGGAUCCUGGCCAAUUUGGAAAGUUACAAAAACAAGGACUCUGCUGAGGCUGACUAAUUGUUGGAAUCAUGGACUCGAAGCGUUCAGACCAGUUCCCUGUAGUCCAACCCGGGACCAUAACCUUCAUAUCUUACUGUUCUCAUUUGAAAAUGUUGAAUUCCAGAUGUACGCAGGUCAAUUCAUUUACCUCACUACGGUGACACCGUUUACUUUCCUCAAUCUUGUCACUCCAGUCUUUUACAAAUUAAACAGUCUUGGGAAUGGCUGUACCAUGACCUGUAUUUAUGAAUAACUGUUUCUCCCACUGUGGAGCUUGUUACAGUCACAAUAAAACAUUUAAACGUUUUA